AUGGCGUACACACUCGGCAAGGCCGAGGGAAGAGGCGAGGAUUUCCACGGGCACGUGUCCGCAGUCACAGUCGCGCCAACGUUUCGUCGCCUUGGUUUGGGAGAGGCACUCAUGAGGGAGCUCGAGACCACAACGUCCUGCCUUCACAACGCGUACUUUGUGGACUUGCUUGUGCGGCAAAGCAAUAAGGUCGCGCAGGCGAUGUACCAGAAACUUGGCUACGUUGUCUACCGGCGCGUGCUUGGCUACUACCGAGGUGAUGGCCCCAAAGGGACGUUUAAGGAUGACGAAGAUGCUCUAGACAUGCGCAAGGCCAUGCCGCGUGACAGGGAGCGAGGGAGGAGCAGCGUUGUCCCCCUUGCCAGGCCCAUAAAGCCCGAAGAGUUGGUGUGGAACUAA